ACCCUGAUAAUGAAACGUACCUGUCGCGUCCCUCAGGUCGCAUCCAGCUGUGGGGACACGCCAUCGCGGUGGACUGGGCGGAGCCAGAGGUGGAGGUGGACGAGGACACCAUGGCCUCCGUCAAGAUCCUGUAUGUCAGGAACCUGAUGCUGCAGACCACCGAGGAGACCAUCGAAAAGGAGUUCAACAGCCUCAGACCAGGGGCGGUGGAGCGAGUGAAGAAGAUCCGAGACUACGCCUUCGUCCACUUCGCUCAGAGGGAAGACGCCAUCAACGCCAUGGCGGCGCUCAACGGAAAGGUGGUGGACGGCUCUCCUAUCGAGGUGACCUUGGCCAAGCCGGUGGACAAGGACAGCUACGUCCGAUACACCCGAGGGACGGGGGGACGCGGGGCGUCUCUGCUGCAGACGGACUACGCCGCCUACACCCUGGGACAGGUACUACCCCGCACCGGGACCACGUGUCUUGGACGCCUUUUCCAAAAGUUUUGA